AUGUCAAAAUCUUUGGAGAACCAGCGCCUGCUCAGCCCCAUCGCCGUGGGUCACUCCCACCUCGCCCACCGCAUCGCUCUCGCACCUCUGACUCGCUUCCGCGCCACCGACCAGCAUGUUCACACCUCGAUCGCCACCGACUACUAUUCUCAACGAGGAUCCACGCCCGGCACACUACUGAUUACCGAAGCUACUUUCGUCAGCCCCCGUGCCGGCGGCAUGGACAACGUCCCUGGCAUUUGGAACACUGAACAAAUUGCUGCCUGGCGUUCAGUCACUGACGCCGUUCACGCCAAGGGCAGCUUCAUCUAUUGCCAACUUUGGGCACUGGGCCGACGAGCGGAGCAAGCAAUUCUGACCCGCGAAGAGGGCGGGCCAUAUCCCGUUGUCAGCGCCAGCGCUAUUCCCCUCAAGCCCACAGGCGAAGGUGGCGUAGUCCCCCAUCCACUCACCGAGCAAGAAGUGCAAGACUUCAUCGCCGACUACGUGCAAGCCGCUCGUAACGCCAUUGCUGCUGGGUUCGACGGCGUCGAGAUUCACGGCGCCAACGGCUACCUCAUCGACCAGUUUCUCUCCGAACACAACAACCGCCGUAACGACGCAUACGGCGGCAGCAUCGAGAAACGCUCACGAUUUGGCCUCGAUGUCACCAAAGCCGUUAUCGCUGCCGUGGGUGACAGCCAGAAAGUGGCCAUCCGCCUCUCCCCCUGGAUGGACCACGGUGACGACGACACCAUCAUGAGCAACCGCGUCCCCCAAUUCCAACACAUCAUCUCCGAGCUCCGUACCCUUGGUCUGGCAUACCUGCACCUCGUCGAGACCCGCAUUAGCGGCGACGUUAGCAGCGCCGUCUACGACCCCUUGACCUCGCGCAACGAUCCCCUCAUUGAGACUUGGGGUUCGCAACAACCUAUCAUUCUGGCCGGCGGCUUUACGGUUGAGAGCGCAACGAGGAUGCUGGAACGGUACCCGGACUACGAGAUGCUGAUCGCUUUCGGCCGAUACUUCAUCAGCACGCCGGACCUACCAUUCCGCGUGCAGCGAGGCUUGGAAUUUACCCCGUACAACCGAUCGACGUUUUACAAAAAGCAGAGCCCGAUAGGUUACACGGACUAUCCAUUCAGCCCCGAAUGGAAUGCUGCGAGGGCGCUCAAAGCUAAGGCGUGA